CUUCGGCUGAUUUUCAUAUUACGACCAAAUACUGAAGGUAAAUGUCAACCUUAUACAUAUCAGGAAAUAAUUGCGCAUACCUCUGAAUAACAAAGAACUUCCUGCAAGUCCUUGCCGCCCUGGCAAAUGGUGGUCAAUAUUUGUAAUUUGAAGAAGGCUGAACUAUAUAAACGGAAAGCUUGGGUGAACAAGGGAGAACAGAGAGAAACUAAAAUACCACAAAGCUAGUGACAUUAAUGACGGCUCACUGUUGUCGUUCGGGUUCAGAACUGGUUCUGGCUCCCCAAAAUGGUCUGACGGGACUGGUACUGUUUACACAUGCCUUAAAUUGGCGUUAUGCGUUAUAUCUGGCACAUUUGCCAUUGAAAUAGUUAAAAUCACCACUCAUACCAACGGGGGAGGACUAUUAAAGUUAUGAUAAUAGUGUAUCUCAGAGUCACCGUAGUCCAGCCAACACAGCUAGUUGACCACUUGCCGUGUCAACAAGGUUUCAAAAGAAACCGUCUCGGGUAAUUGGCUGCCUUGACCUGCCUAUGUGUCCGGCCGCUCGUCGAUCGUGCCCGGCCGUGGUUGUAAACGUUUCUGCAGACACAGGGCCCAUUUGGUUCAAGACUGCAGCGACUCGAACGAACGGAAGCUGCUGCGAAUCCUAAAAAUGGAGGGGAGCUGGGUCCUCGUGCUAACGGUUUUCGCCACAUUUUUCAUCGAGAUGGGAACAGUGAAAUCCUUCGGAGUGCUGUUCAACCCCAUGCAGGAAUCUCUGCUGAGUUCCACCGCACAGCUCGGAACAGUUCUCGGCAUGACCCAUAGUUUGGGUCUUCUUUUGGCUCCACUGACCGGGAACAUUGCGAGGACAUUCGAUCAUCGGCUGUGUGUGAUUACCGGGGGAGGAUUGUUGUUCGUCGGGUGUUUCGUCAGUGCAUUCGUUCAUAACGUGUAUCAGUUAGCCAUCACUCUUACGAUAACAGGUAUUGGCUUGAGUUUGGCCUACAUCCCACAGGUUUUGCUGUUAUUAAAGGCCUUUCCGACGCGUUUCUCUCUAAUCUUCGGAAUCGCCGGAGCGGGUGGUUCGUUUGGUAUGAUGGUGUGCCCACCAAUCGUCGAAAUUCUCACAAACACGUACGGCUGGCGUGGCGCCAUGAUGAUCAGCGCCGCCAUGGUUUCUCAUGUCUUUGCGUUUGGUGCUCUACAGCGAUUACCAAAGACAGAAUAUGCAAAACUGAAAGUAACCAGCACGGCAGAAAGCUCAGCUGAGAAACGCAAAGGAGCCAGCUCUUGUCUUCGUGGUUUAGUCUCCUCUAUAAUCCGACGACUCUCUUUACAACUUUGCAUUGCAAAUCCAAGGGUGCUGCUCCAUUUAACGACGUGGCUGCUCUUGGGAGCAAAUUUUCACGCUUGGGUGGUGUUCCUCGUUCCUCAUGCCACAACAAGAGGCAUAGGGAGUACCGAAGCUGCAUUUUUGUCUACAGUUGGAGGCAUUGGCCAUUUUAUUGGUCGAGUUAUCCACCCCUUCAUUCUCGAUUACAAAAUCACGACAGCGUUUGGAAUGUUUCUGACAUUGAGCGUCCUUAACACCCUCUCCUUUUUUGUCGACCGUGUAGUCGGCGAUAACUGCACGGCUCUCAUGUUCUUGGCCUUCGUCAAUGGAGGUGCCAUAGGAACCAUCAAUUUGAUCAUUAUAUCAGUGUCAAAAGAAAUCUACGAGGAACGUUACCACGUGGACAUAUUCGUCUUGGGCAACUGCUUGUUCGGCGCUGGAGAGAUCUUAGGCGGUUAUUUGGCAGGGGGUAUGUAUGAUUUGACGAGGAGCUACAGUGCUUCUUUCCUCUCACUGGGAGUUAUGAGUGCCUUAACUCUGGUGAUGACAAUUGCUGACAGAUUGGCAUCACAAUGUUCCUCAGAGCACGAUUAAAAGGGAAGAGUGCCGAAAAGAAGGAUCCCAAUACGACGCUUUUAGCGUCGAUCUGCGCACUUCCGCGUUUGAAAACGAGGCUGUAUGUGUCAUUUUCAAUUCUUAACACGAUCAGACGAUUUAAAGUAAGGAGUUAAGACACAAAAUACACAAAGGUGUGUUAAUUUCAG